GGUGUUUCCCUUUCCCUCUCAAACUCAAAAAUUUAAUUCCCUUCUCCAAUUCAAUUCAUUCCAUACAACACAAGAUUACUCUUCUGUUAUUUAUUUAUUUAAUUAGGUUUCUUCUUCUUCUUAUUAUUAUUAUAAUCGUAACCCUACCAACUUUCCUAAUUAAAAUCUCCAGAUCUCCUCUAAAAUUCUGAUUCAAUUCAAUGGACGACCACCCAUCCUCUCCGGAUUAUCUUUCCCCUCCCCCUGGAGAAUCACUCACUAAUCGCGAUAAUUCUUUGAUGGAGCAGCCACUUUCGCCCGAAGAUGAAAGGAUUGUUUCGGUGAAUCCUUCCCCGGAAGCAGCCGUCAUAAAACGCCCACAAUUAUCUGCUACUGUUGCUCCAGAUCUUACCAUUGUUCCACCACCUCCUCCACCACCGCAACUCAAUGUUUAUGAUUAUUCCUCACAUGACCAAGCAAUGGCAGCUUAUGCUGGUUAUGGCAAUAACACUGGUAUUUGGGAUGGGUAUUCUCAACAUCUUAAUGCGGCUGAUGGAAUGCAUUUAUCUCCGAUUAUAUACAAUGAUAAUCAAUCUCUUAUGUAUCAUUCCGGAUAUGGCUUUAAUCCUGAUAUGGGACACGGCCAAUAUUCUCCUAUGGCUACGCCUCUAACUCCUAUAAUGUUAGACGGCCAGUUAUACUCUCCACAACAGAUCCCAUUCUCCCCAGUUUACCAUCCAGAUGUGCCCUCAUCAGGUCCUCUCGGCUCAUCUGAGCUAAUGUCAUUUGAAAGCAAUAGUGGCAACUCCUUUUUUGGACCAGGAUCAGGUUACAUGGUACAUUAUGGAUCAUUUGGUGGGGGAAACAUGUCCGGGGCUCAUGGCUCUGAUUCCUUAACAUCUCCAUCUGCUUAUCCUCAACCAAUGGGCAUACUCGGGCCAUAUGAGCACCAAGUUGCACAGGGUUCUCAGCAAAGAUCAUUGCAUGGAUAUGGAUAUGGAUAUACAUCAUCUUCCCCUGUUGGACAUUACCAGCAUGGUGGCUCUUUUCAGAGCUCUAGUUUUGCUGGUGGUUCAAUUUCUUAUGCAGGGGCUAAUGACCGGACACGAGUUGGACUUGAUAGAGGCAGGAGGAGAGACAGAGACCAGGGCUCCAUUUAUUCUUCUAAUGAUCCAUUUGGUUUUGACCGUAAUCGAGGACCAAGGGCUUCAAAGCUUAAGGGAAAGAAUGCCACUGAACAGCUUUCCUCCUCUGGUAAUGGCAAAGGCAAUUCAGCUGGCUCUGGGAUUCAGCUUGAUUUGUAUAACCAGCUAGAUUUUGUCACUGAUUACAAGGAUGCCAAGUUCUUUAUAAUCAAGUCUUUCAGUGAAGAUAAUGUUCAUAAAAGUAUUAAAUAUAGUGUUUGGGCAAGCACUCCACACGGGAACAAAAAAAUUGAUGCUGCUUAUCGUGAAGCAAAGGAGAAAGAAGGAAACUGUCCAGUCUUUCUUUUGUUUUCGGUCAAUGCUAGUGGACAGUUUUGUGGAGUAGCGGAAAUGGUUGGACCUGUAGACUUUGAGAAGGAUGCUGAAUAUUGGCAGCAAGAUAGAUGGAAUGGCCAGUUCCCAGUCCAGUGGCAUAUCGUUAAAGAUGUUCCCAAUAGUCGUUUCCGGCACAUACUUCUUGAAAACAAUGAUAAUAAGCCUGCUACUCAUAGUCGAGAUUCUCAAGAGGUGAAACUAGAACAGGGUAUUGAGAUGUUGAAAAUCUUCAAGGAUCAUGAUGCACCUACAUCUAUCCUGGAUGAUUUUGACUUUUAUGAUCAAUGUGAGAGAGCUUUGAAGGAAAGGAAGGCCAAACAGCAACCUAGUUUGAAAGUAGGUGGUGCAGGUUUGCUCGCUGAUGAUACCAUAAAUCAAAUGUCUGAUUUUCUUGCGCAAUCUCUCAAGUUGGAUGAUGUUAAUAAAGAACCAGCAGCCAGAGAAGAGGUUGCUAGCUUAGGACCUGGUAUGGAGGUCUUACCGGCUAAUAAUUGCAAUACUGCCGUGGAACUUGCUAACAAUUCCAGCAUCGUGGUUUCAAAAGCUGAAGAUUCCAACAACCAUAACUUGUCUCCUGCCUUAAAGUCAAAAGAGGGUAGUGGCGAGUACCAGGAUUAAUUCUGUUGAUAAGAUGACCACAGUUAUGUUGACAGAUAGGAGCUUUUAGUUGUAGUUGUGCCAGGAUCUCUGGGAUGCUGGUUCAUAACGGCACAAACUCCUUGUUCUCUUAAGAUUUGAUAGAUUCUUUGCUUGCUGACAUGUGGGAUGGCAUAUAGGGUAUCUGAGUAGCCUGACGGCAUACUAACAAGCUGGUUUUUGUUUUUGCUUUGCUUUUGUUAUGGACUGUUCAGGGAGAAGUGAAUGUGGUCGAUUUUUUGUCUGGGUUAUUUAGAAUGGCAAAAGAUGCUGAUUGGUGCAGUGAGUUUGAAGAAUGGGAUGGUUUCGUAAAGUGGGAGUAGAUUUUGUAUACUAUGCAGCUGGUGCCCAAAUUGAAUGUAAUCCUGGGUUCUGUUUCUACUGAUUUUCCAGAGAGCAUUUGGCUAUUGGAAGGUUUGUAAAGUUACCAUUUUGAAGGGAAAAUAGUGAUAGGACAAGUAAAAAUAGAAAGAAAAUUCAACAAUUGCCCUUAUACAAAAUGAUGAGGAAUUGCCGCUCUUAUCUUGUUGUAUGCUUACCGUUGUCGGUGCAAGUAGAGAUGUUUCACUUUCUUUGUUCUAAUUUUUCUUUGUAGUGGAAGAAUUUUAAUCUUUGUUAUGGUAGAAAAUAUCAUCGGAAGGAUUAUUGAGCUUUGUUA